UCAUACAGCGAGCUCUGUUUACGUGGUUCAUGGCGUUAAUUUUCCUCAUUUUACUUGUUUUGAAGCUCGAUGACAAGGUGGAUUGGAACUGGUUCAUCAUCUUCAUUCCCAUGUGGCUGUAUGACAUCGGAGUCGUCAUUUACGUCUUUGUCACCAUGGUGCGUCACUGUAAAAACCGCGCCUACCACGACCGAGGACUCGUUAGCAUAAAAAGGCGGGCGUGGUACCUGACCUCGUUAUUCAUGAAACUCAUCUUUGAAAUUAUACUGUGUCUGAGGUUCCAGUAUGUUUCUUCGCUAUCACUUUUUUAUGUCAUGAUUCCGCUGUGGAUAUUACUAAUUGGGUCAGUCGUAGAUGUGGGGAAAAAUGUCAUAGGACAGUAUCUGCCAGACAGGUCAUCAUGACACCAGAUGGUGCUAGUGGACAGGAUGACAUUGUGAAACUAAAGGAUCCUUGGUGCAGAACAAGGAGACUGUGACACUAGAGGGCCCUAGUGAACAAGACAGGAUUUUGUGACACCAGGGCUCCAUGCUACACAGGACAGUAUUGUGAAACUACAGGGCCUUUGGUGCAGGACAAGGACACUUUGAAACUAAGGGGCGCUAGAGUGUUCAGGACAAGAUACUACUAGUACAUCACUGAGGGUCCUUACCACACAGGACAUUAUAUUGUGACAACAGGGGUCCCUACUGUACAAGACAAGAUGUGACACCAGAAGUCCCUACUAUACAGGACAAGAUGUGACACCAGAGGUCUCUACUACUAGUAUACAGGACAAGAUGUGACACCAGGGGUCCCUUCUGUACAGGACAAGAUAUGAUACCAGAGGUCUCUACUGUACAGGACAAGACAUACUGUCACCAGAGGGACCUAGCGUGCCCAUUUGAUCUAUUCUGAUGGAUUGAAACAUUUCCUGAGACACAUGAAUAUUUCUGUUGCAACUGGAACACUGGUGACCAUCAUUUGACGGAAGAAGGCUUGUUAACUUAUAACAUGGUCUCUUUACAGUAAAGUUUAGAAAAAAAUUAAUGGCAGUAAACAAAUGAAAGUUUUAAGGCCACAAUCACCCAAUUAAGUAAAAAGACUUCAGUUGAAUAGCUUAAAAGGUGCUAGAGUGAGUCUUUUGGGAGUCUGUGGCUGAAUCACUUGUUACUAAUAAAAAUAAAGUUGAGUCAAGAAUAACAUCAUAGUUAUUAAUUGCAAAUAUGUCUUUUUUCCCCAAUCGUUGAAAAAAUGUACACACUGUUGAGUAAAAAAAAAAAAAGAAAAAACUUUCUAUUUCAUUUCCUGAAUAUCUUUGUAACCUGUUGUGCAUAGUUAAAAAUUGGCGGUGAUUAUGCUGUUAAACAUUAUUUAAUAGUGACUAAAAACCCUAUUUUGAACAUUGCCACCAUAAAGACCACUUAUCGAAAACCGUGUUACUAAUAAUUUUCAAACUCCAAAGAUUAAUAGAGCUGAUAUACAGCUUGAUUUAAAAAACAGGUUAUCAUUAAUUGAA